AUGGCUAGCUGCAUCAGUGAAAGCAUAAUCCAAUUCCCUGAUUUAUUAAACAUGCGGGAGUACGCUUUAUUCGCAAUUUGCCAUAUCGGAGUCGGCGUUUGUAUUGCGUUCAAUUCGAGUGGAGUAGGAUAUGAAGUCCCGCGCACACCUAGUCCUGAGUACCAUGGCGGACCUGCAAAUACGAGCCAUGUCAAUUCACGACAGGCGUCAAAGCGUUAUGUGGUCUCCGGAAAUGACAAGUCCAACUUUUCAGCCACGAACGAGGAAGAAAGAUGGCCCUGGUAUGAAUUUCUUAACUUCUGGUCUUGGCGCCCGAAGCGUUCCUUCGAAAAAAUAGAUGUGGAAAAGCGCGUGGCAGGAACCGAGGAAUUUGUCACGUGGCUUGAUCGCCUGAAGUUGUAUUGUGACGACGGAGGACGCUUAAGCUAUAAUGAUUUUUUCAAGUUGAUGGAGAAAGGGCGGUCGUCUGAGGAAUUGGGGCCGCUGUAUUACUGGCUUAAUGAAUACUCGCACGUUAGUGAUUUCGCAAGAAAGAGGCUGACUCAACUCGUCUCCACGGGACAAGAUUACAAGAAGAUACUUGAGUCAUUUGUUCGAUCUGGCGUAAGCCCAAAACAACUUUACGUUGUCCUAGGCAUCCAAACUAAAACUGACGCUUUUGGAUUGUUCCAAUUCGGCACCAUCUUCAAUCGUUGGUUUGAGUUCAUUAUUUUGUAUAGAGGAGUCGAGGACAAAAAACCCGCAUUUGGCAGUGAAGAGCUGUUUGAUUUUUUGGUUAAUGAAUUAGAGGAGGAGAUGAAAAAAACGCAACCGCUUUCAUCCAGUCCCUCUUUAGAUAACUCGCGUCGAAUCGUGGUGAACUUCUUUAGAGAGAAACAACCCGAUUCGCAUCUGAAGGGCAUCACUGAGGACAUGAUAAAGUACUUGACUGUAAAUCCUGUGACCGAGCAAAUGGUCUUCGAAGCAUUUUCAGACGUGUCGCCGUUUGACUUCUUCGGCAUCCUGGAUCUUGUGAACGAGCUUCGUCAGCUUCAAUCCAACAUUUUCCUCUUUCUCGCUUGGCUUAAAUACGUCAAAGUGUACUGCUACAGUGAGAAAGUAAAUCCACGGGAUAUUCAAAUGCCUAACAGCUUCAUCGUGUAUUCUAAAGUGCUCAUUCCAAUGACAUCAGAUGCAGCUGUGAAUGAGCUGCUUUUGUCGGAAAAGUUUGUCGUGAUGCUUGAUGAUGCGAAAAGCCCCGAUAUCAAAAAGAACACACAAGAACUGCUGGAGACAUUCAAGGUGCCAUAUAUCGUGAAGCAAUGGCUACUUUAUUCCAAAAAUCCUGCUGACCUGAUCGAAUGUUUAAAGCAUUCGCCUAAAUUUGGCGACACAUUGCUAAUGAGAGUGGAGCCAAGUAUUGCAAUUAUCCCGCAAGUCACUAAUGUUAGAUCUGCGACAAUUUCGGACAAAAUUGAGUCAAGCACUACCUCUUCUCCGCAGAUAACCAUUCACGAAGCCAAGAAGACCGACAUAAUAAAAAGAGAUGACACCACUUUAUUAGUGUGGCUCAUUGUCACCUCUUCUAUCGCAAAACAUCCAGAUUUUUCGGACAUGCAGCUGUUCGAUGCAUUAGGACUCGAACAAUCAACUCAAGAAUGGGUAAAAUUGUUUUUAUCAAUUCGAGAAAUCUCGACAUUCACAACUCUUGUGGAUCGUCUGCUGAAGCACAUGUUUUCCGACCCUAGAACUAGCGAAGAAGCUUUGAAGGCGGCAAAGUUCAUUCCUGACCAGUAUAGCCAAUUUCGUUCACACCAAGCGACUGAAACGGACAAAUUCGUCUUUCUGCAAUGA